UUUUUUCGCCCCAAAGGCCCAAACUGCGGACAUUUCUUCCCAUUCCCUUCCCUUCCCUUCCCUUCACUACCGCCAAAUGCAGAGGCUUUCUGCAACUUACAAAAUUUCUUACAAAUCCACUGCGCGACCGGAAUCGUCGCUCUAAUACCGCAGUCGAAGCUUUUGCGUUCUGUUUUUGAUGUAUUUCAUGUUUGUUUGUGAAGGGGAUUAUUCGUUUCGAACAUUUCGCUUACGGUAUGGUUCUUGUAAUUAUUUGUAGAUUUAUUUAAUCGAGUUGGGAGAUCGGUGUAAUGGGCUGCACUGUUAAGGCGAAGCAUACUCGAGCAAAUCGGAGUAAUCGAUCGGCGAAACUCGGCCCCGAUCGUUCUACCUCCAUUAAUUGCGAUAUUGAGAAAUCAGGCAAGUCUAAACCUAGAGCAAACACCCAAAAUCACGAUGCGGCUCCCGUUACUUUCAAGCCGAAUAAUCCUAAAUUGGAUGAUGAAGGGUGGGGGGAAUGCACUGAGGAACAGUUAGAGGGAAUGUUGCUGAAGAAAUUGGAUUCUGUGUACAAUCAGGCGAUAGAAAAACUCGUAGGGUUGGGUUACAGUAAAGAAGCUUCGAUGAAUGCUAUUUUGAGAAAUGGCCAUUGUUAUGGAGGGAUGGAUGCUCUAUCUAAUAUUAUGCAUAAUGCCUUGGUUUAUCUUAAGCGUGGUGAGAGUGGUAAGGGAUUUGGUGAGGUUCUGGACACUUCAUUUUCGGAUUUGAGGCAGCUGGAGGAGUUUUCAAUCAGCAGAAUGAUUUCCCUUUUGCAGAAAGUGAAGCCUCAUUCAAGCAGGGGUGAUGCUAUGAUGUGUUUGUUGAUGCAUGAUCUCAAUGUCCGCAGAGCAAGCUUUACGGAUUCACCUGUUCAUCGUCCACCUGAUGAGCUUGGAAGUGAUGGUAGUUCUGAAAGUGGUGGCGGAAGGUCUGGAGAUGCAUUGUAUAAGUUUCAUGGAGGUUGGGGUUUCGGCAAUGAUGAAAGGCCUUUGCGGGGAGGGAUUGAGUGUCCUAAGAGGUUUAACCUCAGUCCAUCUAUGAGGAGUCUUUUAAAGAGGAAUGUUGCUGUGUUUGCUGCCGGAUUGAGGUCUAAUUCGAAGCAGUUUCAGAGGGGGUCGAAGGCAGGCCACAAAGUCGUGUCGGGUGGGGAUUCAAGUUCGUGUAGUGGAUCUUGUUCAGAUGCUGAUGUUUUGGGGAAAAUCGAUGAGGAAUACUCCUCAUAUGCUAAGAAGAAUCAGCAAGUGUUGGACUCAGUGAUGGACAAGUUUCAGGGCUUGAAUCUUGAUGAGAAUUCAUACCAGAAUGAUGAAAUGGUUUGCAAUUUGAAUGAGCAGAUUGCGGACUUGGAGCAACAGGUGAAGGUGCGGAAGGAGUGGGCCUAUGAGAAGGCGACGCAAGCAGCUCGAAAGCUAAGCCAUGAUUUGGCCGAGCUGAAAAUGCUGCGGCUUGAGAGAGAGGAAAGGCAGAGACAAGAAAAGGAGAAACCGGCUCUCGAAUCCGCCACCAUGAAAGGCCUUAGGGAAAUCGAGGAUGCUCUGAAGAUAGCGGGCGGGCAUGUGGAACGUGUGAAUGCUGCAGUCGGAAAACUUGAGGUUCAGAAUGCUGAAUUCAAAGCCGAAUUGGAGGCAUAUAAGUUGAGGGAAUCUGAAUCCGCAGCCGCCUGUAUGGAGUCAAUGAAGCGGGAGAAGAAGUGCCGCAAGAAGCUUAUAGCUUGUGAGAAGCAGACGACGAAAUUGCAGCAAGACAUUGCAGUUGAGAAACAGAGAAUCUCCGAGCUUCAGCAGGCGAUCGAGCAGACGGAGAUUGACACUAAAGAGUUUGAGGAAAAAUGGAGACAGGAGCAAAAGUCGAAAGCGGAGCUCAUUGCACAGAUAAAGGAGGAGCGGCGUCUUCUGGAGGCAGCCGAGGCGAACAACAAAAGGAAGCUCGAGUCGCUACGGCAAAAGACGGAGAUGGAUCUGCAGCGCCAGAAAGACGAUCUGCAGCGCCUCGAGCAAGAGUACGCUCGUCUUAAGCAGGCGGAGAGCCAAUCGACAGGCGUAAACGGACACAUUGCGAAGCUGCUGAUGAUGCACGAUCGAGAAAAGUCUGGAGCGGAUGAGAUUCAGAAGGGCAGGCGAUGCACGAUGUGCAUGAACAAGGAAGUGUCUGUGGUGUUUCUUCCCUGCACUCAUCAGGUCAUCUGCUCCGACUGCAACAAUGGCUUCGGGAAGAAAGGCAGAGAUUCGUGCCCUUACUGCAUGGUCCCGAUCGAGCAACGAAUUCAGGUUUAUGGUGCAGGAUCAUCGUAAGUAGCUUGAAGAACCUCUUCUGUUUUGUUUAUUUUGAUUUUUAUCUGUUUGGAAGAACCUGCUGCGGACAUCUUUGCAGCUUAUUAUCUUCCUGGUAAGAAAUAUUAAGGACGGUUUUGUUGUGCUUGUGUCUGAAAAUAACAAAUGCCUUUUGUGGGCUCAAAGUCAAUAACUUAGAAGUUUUGGGCCGA